UUUGCUAAAGAUACUAAGCCUGCCGAUCAUCUUGAUUAUCUGUGCAACAUCUUGCGAUAGGCUCAGGUUUUGCAGAGAAAAUCAUAGCUUCUCUAAGUGCUAGGAAGGCUGUGAGACUCUUUAAAUAGAUUUAACUCGAGCUGUUCAAUGUAUCGUAAACUUCACUCUCCCUGCACGUAAGCGGCUUUGGAUUCCGAUCGUCUCGGAUGCUUCCAAUAACCGGCAUUCCAGGCCGUUGCGGGUUAAGCAUUCUUAGAGCCCGACCGCUUUCCGUUGCUAUGCCGUGCAACCGGCUGCCUAACCCCAAACCGCCACACUCAGCUGACCUCAUCCCGCAUUCACAUCUCCUUUUCCCCCUGAUAUGAAUCUUACAGUGUUUCCUCUUCCGGAAAUACACGACUUACGAUCUGAUGUAUUGCAGCGCACGUAUUAUGCGUAUGGCAAACAAACACGUGAUCGUCCGAUUGCAGAAAGGGCACAGCCUUGGAGUGGAUGUCUCUCUUAUUAAAAUAUCACAGCUGACUGCUCCUCUAAUUUUCAUAUUCAAUCAUUCCCAUCUUUCAUUUAAUAUUCACCAUCUACUAAGCGCUUCUCGUAAAAUGGCACCAUCCAUUGAUUCGUUCAUUGACAAACAACUUGCGGACCGGUGGGGCCCCACGCGGAAUGAGGCAAAUGCUAUCCGUGAUCUUCUCCAUGGAAACAUCAACCCUGAGGAUGCAGCUGUAAGACUUACAAGCGAUAUCAAUGCAUCUCGCUCUGCCGAGACGGCCAAGGGAGCUCUAUGGGGCCCAUGGAAGCUGCUCGAGGAUACAGCAAGAAAAUUUCCCGAACAUCAUACCAAGCUGGUCAAACUGGUAGAUGCCAUCCGACAACUCCCAGAUCUCGUCAUCAGAGGAGAAUUAGCUGUCAAAUGGUCAGAGCUGCCGAAUCUUGCAGAGUUAUGGGGAGAGAACGUGUUUGACCGGGACGAAUCAGCCUAUUCGGAGGAGGUUAUCUCAAUAGUUGCCUUCACAGCCCAACUUUGCGCCCGACAAAUUGUCGAUGCCAAUGACUUCCUGUCGGCAGCAGAGUUAGACUUCUACACGGCUUUUGAGAAGACCCCUGCUGCAGGUUCUGCCCUCAAGGCAGACGACAUCCAGAGGCUAAACAUCAAUGUACCCAUCGCGGCACAAUGGAUUUUGCAUGCCGGAGAGGCAAUCUAUAACUGUGAGGGGACUUUCAGUCUUGAGGCCAGAGAUGGCUUAUGGACUGGCCAACCAGGAUUUAGCUAUGGCAGAUGGAAGCUGUGGAAAGAAAGGGCGGAAUGGGUGUCUGGCCUGAACGGAGCGGUUAGGCGAGAGACAAUAGAUGUAGCUAGAAAGAUGGUGGAGAAGAUGAGUGAAAUCGAGAGCAAUGAUGUAUAGAGAAUCUCCAAGGUAGGAAAUACCUACUAACUUACUUUAAUACAAUGGUUCCAUCCUUA